UCUUGAAAGACUGAAAAGAAAGACGAUUAAACACUGGAAGGGGAGGACCUGGACACGGGACUAGAGUCAGGGCGAAGAACCGACUUGAACACUCACGCCCUAGUUCGCUCAAGGCGCCUUUUACCUCACAAACUCACCGAGGAUACCCGAGCAACCAAUUUUCUGGGGAAAAUAUUACGAGAAUAAAAUGUUCCAGAAAAACAGAAACAAAACUGGAAAAGUCUGAGUGAAAGUGAGGAUUUGUGAAGUUCCAAUCUUUUUAUAGCCUAUUAGUAGCUCGAAUGUAAGGCUGAUUACCAUUUCACUUGGAGCGACGGUCCAGGCAAUGGACACUUUUUUGGAGGAAGCCCUUUCGAUAUCGUCAUAAUUCUUUAUACUGGAAUUGAUCACAAUUAACCCUUGCAAUGAAGGGUCGGAUUUUAUUUACUUGCAUGCUGGUUUGCGUGUUCCUGUGGUCGUCCAGUGGUCAGAACUCCGCACCAGAAGCAGUGUUGAACUGCUGUGAAGGUGACGUCCUCUUCCUAUUGGACUCCUCGGGCAGCGUCUCAUCAUAUGACUACUCCCGCAUGCUGGGCUUUCUGUCCGAGCUCCUCCUUCCCUUCUCAUUGGGUGAGGACCAGGUGAGGGUGAGCCUUCUGCAGGUGGGCACCCAACCCCGCCUUGAGUUUGGUUUUGACAGCCACAAUAGCCAAACUGGCCUACAGGGGGCACUGGGGAACACCAAGCCUCUGAGGGGCGACACCAACACAGAGGAGGCCCUCAGGAUAGCCAAGGACUGGGUGCUGAAGCCCGGUGGUGGUGCGGGGGCCAGGGAAGAACUCCCCAGAGUUCUAGUGUGGCUGACGGAUGGGGUGAAGCCGGGUGAUGUGAUUGGACCAAUGGAGAAGCUGAGAGAGGAGGGCGUGGCUGUUCUGGUGAUCUCCACGGGCCACGGGAACUACCAGGUGCUGCGGCAGGUGGUCACCCCUCCUGUGGAGUCACACUUGUACUUUGUGGACAUUGACGAUAUGAGUAUCAUCACUGAGGACCUGAGGGAUGCCAUUAUUGAGAUCCUCCGGGCUGAACGGCUCCAGGUGCGAGACGUGUCCACAGACAGCGCCAUGCUGCAGUGGCGACCGGUUCUGGCCGGUUUGACCGGUUACUAUGAGAUCCGGUUUGGACCGGCUCCCAGUCUAGGAGUGAGCGAAAGAGAAGCAGGGGGGGCUGGUACCAGCCCCAGUACCAGUGGUAGUCAGUACCAGCGACUGACCCGUCCAGGGGACUCCAGCACCGCCAGGCUGAUGGGCCUGAAACCAGACACCACAUACAUGGCCACACUGACUCCCAAGUCCAACCUACAGGUGCUCAACCCCCUCUCUGUCACCUUCACCACUAAGCCAGUCUCCUCAGAGGUGUUGAGCCCGGCUGUGGUGACGGUGUCUGACUCAGGGGCCAACAGUGUGAGGGUGAGCUGGGGUCCUCUGCAGCCGGAGUCUGUCCAGAGUUUCCAGGUGGAGUACAUGGCCCUGUCGGGGGGGAAGCUCCACAUGACUACUGUGGGCCAAGGGCAGAACUCCACCGUGCUGACCAACCUCCAGCCAGACACCCAGUACCUGGUCACCGUGAGCGCGCGGCACUCCUCCGGCCGGGAGAGGGCCAUGUCUGUCAAAGUGUGCACUGAGGAGGUGAGGCCGGCUCUAGCAGACCUGCAGCUGACCACGGUGGGCAGUGACUCUGUGCAGGUGGACUGGAAAGCCAGCGUGGACGGCCUCAGAGGCUACUGGCUCACCUGGGAGGGACAGGGCAUCCACGGCUCUACCGCUGCCCCGCGCUCCUCCCUCUACUUGCCUUCCAACUCACUGUCCACGCGCCUCACACACCUGCCCCCCGCCACCCGAGUGUGUGUGUCGCCCGUCUACCGGACGGCACGCGGGGAGGGCCUCUGCUGCAUGGCCCAGUUUCAUUCAGAUGCAUCGGUUUGGGGCCACAGAUCAUAACAUUGCUGAGCAGGCACUAUGCCAAGGAUGGAGGGAUGAAGGAGAAGAAGAGAUAGAAGAACAAUGCAUCUGAACCUGCAUCCCUCCUUCAGUUCAUUCUUUCCUUUCUGGACAAGACACAAGGCCUUUGGCUUACAAAGCACUGUCUAAUAGAUACUGAUACGCUAGAUAGAUAGAUAGAUAG